UGCCCCGCAAGGAGACCCUGCCCUCGGUGCCGGAGCCUCCCGGCGGCUGCCGCUGUCCGACGUGUCACUACGCGGGCCCGGCCCCCGGGGCGGAGUCUCAGGCUCCAGCUACCGGGAAGGGAGGAGGAGGAGAGGUUAAAGGGGAAGGACCCCCGGAAGUGCCCCCUCCUCAGUGCGAGGGUGGGAGACGUCGGGGGGGGUGGAGUCCGCGGUCUCCGCUCGGUGUGGUUGGUGCGUCCCAGGUGACGUCAAAGCAAUCCGCCCCUGCCUGGAUGGUGCGCCCUGAGUGACGUCAGGAGCAGAGGCCGGAGCUGUCCAUCAGCACCGAAGGCCGCGGGCGGUCUCAGGGCAUGGGGCCGCGGCUCCGGGGCGGCCUGAGCCCCUGCUCCUGCUCCUUUCCUUUCUCCAGCCCCAGCCCGAGUGCCCGGACGCCUCGGGACUGGAGUGCCAGCCGGUGUCGAAGGCGGAGCAGCGCCGCCGCCGCCGCGCAGAGCCAGGUCCCUUCGGCCAAGCAGCCCCCUUCCUUGCACCGCGGACUUUCCCCGGACCUCAGUCAGUUGAGGCCUCUGGCUCCCAGCGUCCCCGGACCCUCCGGACCCGGCACCACCUCUCCAGCUCAGAAGCUCAGGUCGCUUCCAGCCCAGCACUAUGCCAGGCACUGUGGCGACGCUGCGGUUCCAGCUGCUGCCCCCUGAGCCAGAUGAUGCCUUCUGGGGUGCACCCUGUGAGCAGCCCCUGGAGCGCAGGUACCAGGCGCUGCCGGCCCUCAUCUGCCUCAUGUGCUGUCUGUUUGGAGUCGUCUACUGCUUCUUUGGUUACCGCUGCUUCAAGGCAGUGCUCUUCCUCACUGGGUUGCUGUUUGGCUCGGUGGUCAUCUUCCUGCUGUGUUACCGGGAGCGGGUGCUGGAGACACAGCUGAGUGCUGGGGCGAGCGCAGGCAUCGCGCUGGGCAUCGGGCUGCUCUGCGGGCUGGUGGCCAUGCUGGUGCGCAGUGUGGGCCUCUUCCUGGUGGGGCUGCUGCUCGGUCUGCUGCUGGCCGCCGCCGCCCUCCUGGCCUCCGCGCCCUACUACCAGCCAGGCUCCGUGUGGGGACCACUGGGGCUGCUGUUGGGGGGCGGCCUGCUCUGCGCCCUGCUCACUCUGCGCUGGCCCCGCCCACUCACCACCCUGGCCACUGCCGUGACCGGUGCUGCACUCAUUGCCACUGCUGCUGAUUACUUUGCUGAGCUGCUGCUGCUGGGACGCUAUGCAGUGGAGCGGCUCCGGGCCGCCCCUGUGCCUCCCCUCUGCUGGAGGAGCUGGGCCCUGCUGGCACUCUGGCCCCUACUCAGUCUGAUGGGCGUUCUGGUGCAGUGGCGGGUGACGGCUGAGGGGGACUCCCACACAGAAGUGGUCAUCAGCCGGCAGCGACGCCGUGUGCAGCUGAUGCGGAUUCGGCAGCAGGAAGACCGCAAAGAGAAGCGGCGGAAGAAGAGGCCCCUGCGGGCUCCCUCUCGAGGCUCCCGGGCACCUCCAAGGCCCGGUCCCCCCGACCCUGCUUAUCGGCGCAGGCCAGUGCCCAUCAAACGCUUUGAUGGCGACAUCCUCUCCCCGAGCUACAUCCAGAGUUUCCGGGACCGGCAGACGGGGAGCUCACUGAGCUCCUUCAUGACCUCGCCCACAGAUGCGGACUAUGAGUAUGGGUCUCAGGGGCCACUGACAGCCUGCUCGGGCCCCCCGGUGCGGGUAUAGCAGUAUAGCUGCUCCCCACCUGCCUAGACUCUGCAGUCACCAGCUCUGCCAGCUUGGAGAGGACUCUUGGGCCACUGCCCAGCUGUCCUGGCCCUGUGGCCCUUGGCUGUCCCUCUUCCCACCCUGGGGAGGCUGAGGCUAAGCCUGGCAUGAGAGGGAAGCCCCCUCAUAAGCUCCCAAGGGACACAGGGUGUGAAUCCCGUUGGGGUUGCUCAGGGUUGUGAGUGUGUUGCCUGUGUGUAUGGGGGGUGUGGGCUUGGAGGAGCCAUUGGGACCCUUGCCUUAGAUUUCUCCAAGGUUGGUCCAUCUCUCCCACUGCUGGGGUCCAUGGCCCACUCUCCUGCAUGUCUAAGUGGAGGGGGCCUGCCUUCUCCUCCAUCUCUCCCCACCUCAAGCAGACUCUGCAUCUAAGGGUUCUCGUUCUCAUCUACGGGGCAAACUGUAGCACCCCUCACCCGGGUCCCCUGUCCUCUGCAAAGCCACCAGCCCCAGAGGGCAGUGGCAGGGGAUGGGGGUGGAGGUGCUGCUCUGAGCUGGGUUGGAGGGAGGGGAUUUAAGUGCACGGUGCAUGUGUGGUGUCUGUCAUAUCACCCCAGACACCUCAUGCUUCUGUCUCCCCCC